GACCCUAUGGUUGGGACUCCUUUAGCAUAACCCAACUUUGAUCACCUUCUAGAACCUCCCCCCCUCGCUUCCCCCCGCCACCUACUGUACCACCUACUCCCAUUUUCCUAGCACUCCUUUAAAUAGCCAAACCUUUGAACUCCUUUUCCACCUCCAUGCACCUUUGAUUAGCUACAAAAAUGUUCUUGAACCUUCAAUUCUCGAUAAAAGUUUUGGUCUUGCCCUGAACUGCUUGGUUGAGUGGCCGCGUUUGUUUCUCUGAGAUUGUUUUAUUGAGAAUUCAUUAUUGGGUUUUAAUAUUCUUGAAGAACCCACCUCCCAAAUUUGAGCAGGUAUUGAUUUCUAGGGUAUUAUUAUUUAUUAAAGGAUUUCAAGGUUCUUGAGGAACUCACCUCCCAGAAAUUGAUUUCUAGGGCUCUUGAGAUUCUUUAUUUCGAAAUUGAUAUUAGAUUUUGGGCAUAAACAUUGGGGAUUUUGUUUUGGCAAAUUACAAGAAAAUGCCCCCUUUAGCAGGUUCAAAAUCCCUGCCAAAUGGGGUUCCCCAAGAAUCAAAUUCUAAUAUAAUUACAAUUGAUGUGGGUGGUCAGAUUUUUCAAACCACAAAACAAACCCUGAUUUUAGCCGGCUCAAAAUCUUUGUUAUCCAAGAUUGCCAAUUCUGAUAAUGCAAUCCCUUUUAUUGAUAGAGACCCUGAACUUUUUUCAAUUAUACUUUCCCUCCUUAGAACUGGGAAUCUUCCCUCAAAAGCUAGAUCUUUUGAUAUUCAGGACCUGAUUUUUGAGGCUCAAUUUUAUGGAAUUGAAAACCUAUUAGUAAAUUCCCAAUCAAACCCUUCUCAAUUUGAUGCAUUUAACCUCGAAAAAUCAUUGGUUUUACCUAUGAGUGGCCGGGAUUCGCCAUCAGCUAUCUCGACUACAGAGUAUGAAUCACUUCAUGUUGCUCAUGGUAGUAAAAUCACUUCCUUUGAUUGGUCAUUGCAAAGAAAAUCCACCAUAUUGACUCAGUUCACAGCUAUUGAUUCGUUAUUAGCAUUAUCGGAUAAAGUUGCUGCGGCCGGGGCCACAGACUUUUCAGGGUUACAAAUUAUCGAUCUUGAUAAUGGUUUUGUUAAACAGACGUUGAAUUGGGAGAAUGUCACAAGGUCUGGUUCUACAGUGCAAGCCAUUGGGGUGUCGCCCGAGUACUUAUUCACAAGCUUUGAAUCUGUCCGAAGAAAUUCAAAUUGCAUCAUGUUAUAUGAUCGUAAUGAUAGUUUUCGAUCAGUAACCAAGAUAGGUCAUUAUGAAAUUUUCGGCGCUGAUUUGGAUUCUGCGAUUCCGGCCACUAAACUGCAGUGGGUUUCUAGUCAUAAUCUGUUGAUGGCCUCGGGUUCUCACAGUGGACCUUCUGGUGUACUAGGCAAUAUAAGGUUUUGGGACAUAAGGUCAAGGAAUGUAG